GCGUAUUUUUGAAAUUUGUUUGAUGUGUAUUGUACAAUAAAAAUAGAUAAGGAUUUGAUAUAAAAAAACGCAUCUGGUAAGAUUGAUACAGCAAGAAAAAGAGUUUAAAGCGAAGUUUGAUCAAGCACAGAUUGCGGAAAGUUAUUGGGAGGAGUAAAUUUUAUAUCAUUACUGCUUUGCCAGAAAUUGUGUUCACACGCUGAGCGAUUUUUUCAAGAAGUCUGAGAGGAACAUGUAAUUUGGGUGUAGUAAAGCAAAUAUAUAAUGGCGCUCCUUGUGACGACAGAAAGUUUAGUUGAACACAACGAGAUGGGCGUACAGCAAGCCCGUACUCAACAGAUGUUGCAAGAACUAAAGAAAGAAAAUUUCGAUUUGAAGUUACGUUUGUACAUGACGCAGAAAAACAGCGAGACAGCUGAAGAGAAAGCGUCAGAGUAUGAACAACAACUCGCUGCUUUGCUGAACAAUUUGGAGGAUCAGCAACAACUUUCCGAACAGCAGACACGCGAGUUGAACGAGUCAAAAGCUCGCGAGAAACGAUUGCAAUCAGAGAAAAACAAAUUACAAGUCACGUGUCAACAACAGGAUGAAAAAAUUCACAACUUAUCACUAAGUUUAUCCAAAUUAUCAUCCAGCAUGCACGACGUGUCGUCGCCAAAAUACAGUACUCCAAUGCGUACUGCAACGUCGGCGUAUUUUCCCGAUGACGAGGACCAUGAUGAUUCAGAUGUACGUCCUCUUUCGCCGACGCGACCGAAUGUCUCCCACGUUGCUCCGAUGAGACGAGGUGUGAUUUCGACGUCGAGUUUUAACGAUGAAAGCACGUCGGCAGGUUUAAUGUCGCACGACAGAGGUGUCCACCAUAGCGUGUCGGAGAGUACUAACUACCACACGUCGACUCCUGUAACUAAGAACUACUACAACACGAGCCUUGACAACCGACAUAACCAAGGCUUUGACAACGUCGGCAUUGUCCGACCGAAUAACACCAGAACUGUUGUUGACGUGGAAAUUCCCGAUUCGCCGACAGCCACUGACACACCGAAAAAGAAGAAGAAAGGCAUUAUGAAGGUUUUCAAGUUAUGCACCGGAAAGUCCGGAGAAAACCGUGCCCGUCAAGAAAGCAUGUAUCACAAGAAAGAGCCUGCUAAAAUUACCAUGACUACGUACAAUGAAUAAGAACGUCAUCGUUCUAUUUUUAGAAUCAAAUAUUUUUAAAGUUUUAUUUUUUAAAAGAGAAUUUUAUAAAUAGAAUUAACAUUUCAUGUUAUUUGAUAGUGCAAUAUGCUUCCGUUUUAUCGUUAGGUGGUGCUUGGUAUAAACUCAGGACCAGCCCCUUUUUGUUAGCGUAGCAUAUAGAAAGAAGUUGCUCACGAUCUUUAAAAAUUUCCAUAGAAAACAGAGGAGGCUUUUAAACUAAAACCGUUUUAUUAAAAGAACUGCAUUUGUUAUGUAUUUUUUGGGUAGUUAUAACAAUUUCAAGGUACAAAACAAAAUCUAGGGAAUAAAAUUUUGCCUAACUUUUGACGACAACGUGCCCACGUAUAUGUUCAUAUAGGAUGUUUUCAUUUCCAAAUUUACGUCUAGUGUAACAUUUCUAACUAUGCACAUUUUUAAGGCGUCGUCGAACUAAAGUGUAAGGGUUAUCGCUUGGUUGAAAGUAAGGCUCAUUGAGUGGUUGAAAGUGAGGCGGAUUGUAUCUAAUUGAAUAUUUUAAAAACGAUUGAUAAUCUUAUGUUAAUAUUAUAUUUACAUAAUAUAGGUAAUUAUGCAUUAUAUAGUAAAAUUAUGCAUGUUAAUGUUAAUUAUGCAGUGCUGAAAACAGAGUAUUUUUAAGUGAUAUUCUUUGAUGUUCUCAUUACAUAAAGUCAUUGUUAUUUUUAGCUCCAAUGAGGGAGCGUUUUCUCACAACUAACUCUCCUGGAUAAUAAUAUUUAUAAUUGGUGUGUGAAUAUUUUCGUAAACGAAGCACAUAGUUCGAUUUCAAUUGGUUCUUAACAAAUCAGAUUGUUUUGUUUCGAUUUUGAUUGGCUUUUAACUCAACGUCCUCUUUUGAUUUUGAUUGGUUCUCCAUAUAUCUGUUAGUUUGUUUAAACUUUAUGACUGUACAUGAAAACAUUUCUUUCUCCAAAUCACUUGAAGUGAAAACUAGGCUUUGUUACUUGGUAACUACGCUUUUCUUACACUAAACAUUUUAUAAUUUUAUUUUAGCUAUUAAUUACGGGGUAUGUAUAUUAUAUAAUUUUUAAUGUUUUAUAACCACGGGUUUUACUCAUUCAAAUUUAUGCGCUGCAUUUCUUUGUACUUUCUGAAAAAUUAACUUUUUCGGCUGAGCUGAAAAAAAUCCUGAAAACGAGGCUUUAAAUUUUACAGGUCAACUACAGGUUUUAAACUUUGAACAUUUUCCUAUUCUCUAGGUUUACACAAUCUAUUUUUUUACAUAUGUAUAUGAUAUAUUAUUUUGAUUAUUUAUUAUUACAAAUCUAAUUUUCGUUUACGAGCCAACAUGGUUCGACAUGGAUAUAUAUAGUAAUUCUUCCUCAUUCAAGUAAUGUACAUAUUUUGUAUCAUCAUGUAAAAAAAUCUAGCCAAGUU